AUGGGCACUCCUGGCAUUGAUGGGGAAGUCUGGCUGCGGCGCGACGACUUUGGGCUGUCGCCGCUGCGCGGCACGGUGCUUCGGCGCUGGCCGGGACAGGCGGAGGUGCUGCUGGAGGAGAGCAACCUUCAUGUGAGAGUUCCCAUCAACAAGCUCAGGACUCGUUUUGGUCACUUCUGCGCCUGCGUCGCUUUGUGCCUCUUUGGACGAGUGGGCAACCUGGAGGGGAAAUUCGACGAGGCUGGCUCCAGCGAGGAUGCGCUGGCAAUCUCAGCGGCAAGUGUCUGGGAGCACGUGGUCAGAGCCAACUCGGAGAUGCGCUGGGACAUUUUCGCCCAUACUUGGGACGAAGACCUCCAUGAUGCGAUUCAGCAAGCGUAUAGGCCUCGGAAGCUGCACAGCGAGAGCAACGUGUCGUGGCUUCCGGUGGAGGGCUUCGGUGAAAGCCUGCGCCGCAGCAGUGAGCUGCGGAGAGAGGAGGAGAUCCAGGGGGAUUUUCGAUACGAUCUGGUGGUGGUCAUGCGCUAUGACAUUCUUUUUAGGCGUCCAUUGAAACUGGUCUUGGACAGCGAUGUCAACACGCUUUGGAGCAGCCACUGGUGUUCCGUCCAUGCGGAAGACUUCUCGGUCCGCGAAAUCGUUGUGGCGUCAGAGGAGGAAUUGCUGCUGGAAGCUCCGGAUCCACGAUACCAUGGCUCUGGAGUCUUUGCGCCGUCACAGUUUGCACCUGGAGGACUCCAUGACUUUUGGUUCGCAGCGGCUUCGGAGACCAUGGACAGCUUCGCUCAGUGGGGCGCUGCCCGGCCCAGGUUCCUGGAGCACUUCGGCAUGCCAUCGCAGGAGGUCCCUUUGGAUGUGGGACACUUUCACAGCUACCUCCACGCCCUGGAGCUUGGCUUACAGCUGAGCUUCACAGGCAUCAGCUAUGUGGACUUCACGCUGGUUCGCUACAGAGGCUGUGAAUUGGAUGUUGGCGAAGAGAUUUCGUCUCCCGAUUGGUUUUGCCUCUUUUGGGAAGUGAGCAUCACCAGGCGCUGUGACUCCUGGCUGCCAACAAUCAGCGGCUGGGCGCAUCACUUUUGUCCAAUCGCAGGGCGUCGCGCAUCUCUUAAGCCAGGUGGUUACGGCUGUGGCCGUUUCUGA